CACGCAAAUGAACAUUGCCAUGGCCACGUAGGAGCUCAAGGUGGGCUGCUCACCACGCCAUUUGAGCCACGAGUCUCCACGCCAAAGCUGCUCAUCACGAAGUGCUGAGAUGGUGGCGAUGGAGCUCUUUCGCAGGUUUAUGGGCCACCUGACCUGGUUGAUCCCCGCCUGUCUUGUGGCAACCUCGGUAUCUCACACCCGGAUUCUGGGCAUCGCAGGCCUUGUGAUUGCGGUUGCGGCCGGCUGGUGCGUUAUGUCGAUGCUGGUUUGGUGCAAGCACUUCGCACACAGAAAGCCACGGAGCCACCCGGAGAGCCCAAGCUAUUUGGCAAGGCCCGCAACUUGGGUGUAAGGUUUGGCACCAUGCUGCAUGCGUGUCCAAUCGAACCUUACAUGUUGCCGCAUUGCAGGAUGAUGAGCCAGCCACAUCAGCCACAUCUACGCCAUCCACUCGAUCCCCACGGUCCCCGCAAUCUCGGCGCAGCAGCGGUUGCCCAGCAUCACCAUUUGGAACGAAUCCGACCCCAAACUUUUUCAGCGCGCCAAACCUGGACAUGAACCAUAUCCAACUGAGCUUCAGCCAAUUCAUGUGGGCAUCUUUCUGGAUCGCGGUGCCUGCCUCCCUUGCCAUGUUGAAGGGCCUAGGCCAGAUGAGGUGCUGCAAGCUGUUGGUGAAGCUGGGCUGGCUCCGGCCGCCCUCGGCCGCGGCGAUGCGGAGCGCCGUCUUCCACUUGGUGCUCAGCAACCUGGGCCUUGCGUUCCAAGACAUCCGCACAGAAAGCGGGGAGGAGGUGGCGACCUUCGAGUGGAGCCCCUUCCCACACUUCGUGGACACCCACCGUGCCUGCGAAUUUCGGGGCGAGAGCUCCACCAUGAGAGUGUCGCUGAACCUGUCACGGGGCGACCUGGCGUCAGCGACGCUGGACGGGCACGAGAGCUCCCCUGAUGAUACUUUGGUCCUUCUGCGUCACUACACGGCUCAGGUCCACCCAAAAGUGCAUGCCUACGCAAAUUGGGGGUGCGACCCGCAGUCCGGCAAGAACCUGCACUUGCAAAAGAUGAGUGUCGUGACGGCUUGCUACAACCACUUUGGCUUCAACAACUACCCAAAGAUCGCAAGAGUGUUUCUCGGCGCAGACGUUGGGCGAGCGCUUGCCCAGUGCACGGAUGUGGCGAUGCGGAGCACCGUGCCACCCCAUGCGCACAUGAGGGCGCUGGCGCCGUCGCCGCUCAUCAAGUUCGUGGGGCUGAUGGGCCGCUUCGCGCGGCUUUUCAAGAACCGAACUGACUGUCCCGAGUCCAGCUGCGAGGCAUACUGGCUUGGCACUGUGGUGCACUCCCUGGAGCACCACACAUUCGGGAAGAUGAGCGUGCGGCUCGUGUGCAGCCUGCAGCCAUCUCCAUGUUACAGAUCCCUUUGCGAGAAUGUGAAGCUGGUUCGCUGCACCGUGGUGGACGAUAUCCCCUACCCGGGGCUUGUCCAAGUACUUCAAGGACGGUGUCACAGGAUUCCAUCAACGCGUCUAUCAAGAAGCCAAACGCAUCGAUCCGGAGCUCGCGGCUGCGAUGCAAACCUGCAUCAUCAAGUGAUUGGAUUGGGACUCGGAUGUCUCUUCUUUUUCAUCUCGCGCUUAUUUUGCUGGUUGCGAUCUUCCAGACACCCAUCUCCUUGCUAGGAAUACGAGACUAUUUCAAAUGAUGUGCAUGUUCAUAUAGGGGGCAUUGCCAGGUGCUAUCACGCGAGGAGAUGUCGUGUCCAGUGCAUCUUGAUUUUGUGCAGUCCUGUUCCUGCAUUUUGAAUGCUGUUUUUUUAAGAUUCUUGCGCAGGUGGCAGUUCAAAGCUUGCCUUGCAAGAGGCAAGCUUGCUAAACCCCACGUCGACAUGUGAGCGCCUUGCAGAAAUGGUUUCUGCGAAGCGAUCUAUUUUGGUGGCAGUCAAGGCUCGUUACGAGUCCCUGAAAUCAGGGGAGGGAGACUGCGCCCCCGUUUGUGGUUGGCUGAAAUUAGCUGAAGAAACAAGCCCAAAUCCCGAAAUCUGAGGUUGGUGACGAGGCAAGAGCCUUGGCUGCAGAUGACGGGAGCCAGGUCGAGCCCAACCCAAGAGCGUCCGCCCGGCAACUUCCUGGCUCAGCUAGCAGCGAUGCCUGGUGCACCACAACAUUGGUGCACUGAAUUCUUUUGGCUCGCGGUUUUUGGGCAUGUCACGGAGCUCGGCAGAGUGAGGUAUGGGUGACGACUGCCCUCAGCUUGGCGGUGAGCUGAGCACCCAAGCGAC